AUGAAAAUUACACCACUGCCCUCACAGCGCAAUCAUCCAAAUUUUUCAUGGAGUAACAAUCAAGGUCAACCAAAACCCCAAGCUAACCAAGCGCCACAAGUUCCUCCUGGUUUUGCAGCGCCUGCUCAAGGCAACAACCAGUUGGAAAACAUAUUGAAAUCAUUCAUUCAAGAGACCAAGAAUCGGUUCUUAGCACAAGUAGUGAGUAUCAAAAAUCUUGAAAACCAAGUGGGGAAAAUCGCCACCGCUUUGAGUUCAAGACCACUGGGGACACUUACAAGCUCGACUGAAAGACCUUCUACAUCUGGGGUGAAGAAUGUGGAAACCUGCAAAGUCAUCAAGCUAAGAAGCGGUAAAGAAUGUGAAACACCGUUACUCAAAGAUACUAAGACUAGUGGAGUCCAGCCUAACAAUGAUAAAACUGAAGACAAAGACGAGUUUAUUGUGGAAUCGACCUCAGUAGAAGAUAACAAAGACAGAACUGGUGCAAGUAAGCAUGGCAAAAUUCCUGAGCCAGGAAAACAGCCUGAAGCCAUGCCAGAACCACUCAGAGAGAAAAAGUUUUUUCAAGAAAGACUAUUUAGGGUGUUACAAAGACCACCACCUCCUUUUCCUCAAAGAAUUAGGAAGGCAAAAGAAGAGCAACAAUUUGAUAAGUUUAUAGAGAUACUCAAACAGCCUUACAUCAACAUACCUUUGAUAGAAUCCAUUGAACAAAUGAAAAAUUACUCCAAAUUCAUGAAGGACGUGCUUACUAAACGGAAGAGAGUGGGAGAGUUUGCCACUUUUGCACUUACUCAAGAAUGUAGUCAAUUGGUGCAAGGCAAACUUCCUCCUAAGUUGAAGGAUCCUGGAAGUUUCACUAUACCGUGCAACAUUGGUGAAUCAUUUUGA